AUGUGGAUUGAAGCCCUGCCAAAUGAGCUACUGUAUAUUAUUGCAAAGAUGCUUGUUCGACAGCGCGACAUCAACGCUUUAGCUCGGACAACUCGCCAUCUAUAUUCCCAUCUCAGUCCUCUCUAUUCAAAUAAUGUAAAGUACGGCAACGCGUCUGCCUUGUGGUUCAGCGUGUUUCACGAGCUACCUGGGACUACUCGACUGCUCAUCGAGGCGGGGGCUGAUCUCGAAAUCAGAGACCAAUAUAGAAAGACUCCACUACACGUGGACGCCUACAGUAGAGGCGUUAAGGUUGCCAAGGUCCUUAUUGAGGGCGGAGCCGAUAUGAAGGCCCAGUGUGACUGGAUGGGACCCCGUGGGAUGACCGCAAUCCACCUAGCAGCAUCAAACAGAUUUUCAAAAAUGGUGGAGCUACUCUUGGAGAAGGGAGUCGACCCCGAUCUGGCGAACGAAUUGGACGACUUCUCGACGCCUGUUCACUAUGCAGCAGAUAAUGGUUCAAGGUCCGUCGUGAGGCUACUGGUAAAGAAAGGCGCUCAAAUCAACAGAAGGAGGAGGAAUUUUCAUGACACCGUUAAGUCUGAUGUGGGAGCUGAUAUAGAAGCGAAGCGGGAGCUGCAUGGUAUAUCUCUAUUCCAGGCCGCGGUGGGGAACUAUGAGCACGUCGUGCGGCGGUUACUUAAGAAGAAAGUUAAUAUAGAAGCUUUAUUCUUUGACGGCAAUGCCGAUAAUCCGUUGCAAGCGGCGAUAUUGGAGAUGAUGACUGGCCUAUGUGUGACGGUCGGAUCGGCAACCCUACACGCAUGGACUAAGGAUAUCGUGGGACAGAUUGGCAAGAAGAACAAGACCUGCGGGUUCUUUGUGAACUUGCUCCAAGAUGUUUAUGCCAAGAACCAUAUCUUGCGGGACGAGCGUGUCCAGGGCGCUGAUAUCGGCACCAACGCAGUACCGCUCGGCCUCCCUGAACAGCAGGCCAUGGAUGUCGUACCUCGACGAUCAUAUGCCGAGAGUGCAGGGUCUUGGGACGUUGAGAUGGACGUUCCCCUCCCGUCAGGAUGCCGAUCCCGAUCUCCCGCAGCUGGCCUUCCUCCGAUCCGGCAACGCUCUCCUCUCUCGCAGCCAAAGAACCCUGGAACGGGUCUAGAUGACGACAACAUUGAAGAGCUCGAGUGCGGUCUGCAUCGGGCAAAGAUAAGUCGUCUGGGAAAAGAGAAGGAGAUACUGGAGAAGGAGAACGAGAUCAUCGAGGCCGAAGAGGCGCUCGCAGAACGUCUCCUCAAAUCCGCAAAGGCUCGUAAGAAGUAA